AUGACAACAGCAUCAACAGAAGGUGACGGUGGAUUGUUACAGAAGUGGUUCGAGCAGCAUGCCAAUGUGGCACCUGCGGGUACGGGGGCGGAUUCCGCAUCGAGGGCCAAGCAAAUUACGGCCACUUUGAAGGACGACUUGGACAAGAAAUUCAAGGAAUUGGGCGAACGUUUAAUAAGGCAGGAAUCAACGGAAAUAGGGAACUUCUGUGGGAAUGAUGUAAAAUGGGGGAAGGGAGGUUGGGAGCUGCACUAUAUGCAAGUGUUAUGUACAGCUAUAGCCGAAAUAAAAUAUUUCAUAAGUGGAGUGGAGACGCAGAGGACAAGGCUACAUGGCACCACGGAUUCGCAAGCAAAAAUUGAACACCUCUCUAAUGCUGAAGCCUACGCACGUUGCGUCGUGGGGGCAGUAGCACUGUCCACAAUAUACGGUGAUCAUUGCCACAUGGGGGAGGCCAUAAAGAAGGUCGAGGGGGCAUUUGAGGAGAAGAUAAGGAGGCAUCUAAAGGGGAAGGGGGGGACACGGGACCUCUCAAACCAGUUGGAUGUGUGUAAAGAAAUUACCACUGCCGACUUAAUGGUCGGCAAAGCAGUUCUGGGAAAUACAAUCAGAGAGUGGACACAGAAGAAAAGGGACGAGGGGGGGCCAUACCAGGGGGAAUGGAAGUUGGGGAAUGAGUGGGGGAGGUGGGAAAUUGUCUGUAAUCAGGGGAAGAGGGCGCGGGGAGGGGAUGGAGAGGCAACAAAGAAGAAAUAUUUAAAUGAGAAUAAAGAAGUUAUAACGAAAUUCUCAGGACUAAAAGACGACAGUACGCAGAAGAACCCUGGUGAUGUAUCCGUGGCAGAUCUACUAGCAGAUGUAGAUGGUAAAUACAAAUUAACGGAGAAAGACUUGCGGAAAGCAUUGGAAUCAGCAAUGGAGGCGGGUACUUUCAAAGUGGAUAAGGCAAUAGAGAAUUUAACGAAUGCAUCCCAGAAAGUACAGGCUCAGGAGUGCAUGAAGGACAACAGCAAAAAAACAUUUUGCCAGCGCUUGCAAUGUGCAAAGCAAUAUUGGAAAUUGAAUAACAAGGGACAAUCGGAGGAUAAUUUCUGGAACAACUAUGUCAAUGGCGAAUUGAGCUAUCUCUUUAAUUCGGCGGCUGCUAUUAAUGGUGGCACCCAAGGUGCUAAUUGCGACAAGGACAAUACCCUACAUAGUGCAAACAAAGCAGCAUGCAAACAAAUUACAGCUAAAUUAGAGCAUAUUUACCAAAAUAAAAUUGGGAAAGCUGGUGACAGAUUGUCUGAACAAAUUAUACGAUGUCUUUUAUUAAAAGAAUAUGCUAAAAAAUUAAAAGAAAAAGCAGAAAACAAAGGAUAUUGUGACAUAGAAAGUGGUUUAAGCAAAGCUUUUGAUUUGUGGAAUGAAAAUAAUAAAAAUGGAGGACAUUGCAGGAAUGGUGGACCUUGCGUUGAAUGCAAAUUGGAAGACGACGUUAAUUAUGGCACUUGCCAAAUUGACAAUGAGAAUGUAAAGACCAAAGUGAAAUCGAUGCUCGAGAACAACAAACGAACGCAGUACCCCCAAAUAGAAAAAACCUUGGCUGACUUCAAUGAGAACAAUUCCUUAUGUGAACGUAUAAAAUGUGCAUCGAAGUGGUAUGAGAACAACAAGGGACACGGAAGUGGACAGAAUAACUUUUGGGAAGGGAAUGAUAGCGCCGUGGCAAAGCUGUGGACAGAACUGUCCACAGAAAUGGCCAAGGCAAAUGGCAAUGCAGAUGGAGAUUGUGGUCAAGUGAAUGAUAAUGGAACCUUGAGACCAGCAACUCCAUCUGAAAAGACAGCAUGCAAUUUUUUGCAUGCCGGCUUUAAAGAACUGUACAAGACGACGACGACGCUGUCGGCGCCGGCAGGCGCCGACAUCUGGAAGAACAACCCGUCGUUGAAACAAGCGAUGGGUUGUUCCUUACUUCAUGCUUAUGCAAAGGAGAUGAAAAAGAGGUCGACUUGUCUUAUUGAUGAUGGUAUACAAAGGGCAUUUGACACAGCUGGGAGGGGUGGUCAGAAUGGUACUGACAUUCCAUGCAAAUGGAAUGAAGACAACUUUAAGAGUUGCGGAGUUAAAACGAAAGAUAAUGGCGAGGAGAAAAAUGUAACGGAGAAAGUGGAAAAAAUUGUGCAGGAGGACACCACCAAAAUAAAGGAAAUGCAGACUAAAAUAAAUGACAUGCCAUUAUGUGAUCGCGUAAAAUGUGUCACAGCCCGAUGGAUGAACGAAGGUAACGGUGGUGGCAAAAAACGUCAAUGGAAUGAAAUGUGGAAGAAAGUUGGGGAGGAAAUCCCUAAACUGGGCACUGCCCUCGGCAGUGCCACAACUACUACGAAGAAGGAUGUUGAAACUUACUGCAACGGUCUCCAAGGGCAGAAUGGAAGAGAAGCUGAUAAGGAGGCUUGCCUCCUUAUAGCAGCAGGAUUAAAAAACCUCUACGACAUCAAGGACAACGGCGGCACUAACGGUGUCGACGUUGAUGCAUCGUUCCAAAGAACGAUGCAAUGUGUUCUAUUAAAUGCCAUUGCAGAUAAAAUGAAGGAAAAACUUCCAUGUAAAGAGGAGAGGAGUGUAGAGAAGGGGAUAACGGAAGCUUUUAAUAAGAGUGGUAAUAUUAAGAAUGCAAGUAACGGUUGCAGUGAUGCAAAUAAAUGUUUUACGUGUGAGAGGUUCAACGAAUAUAGAAGUUGCCACAUUAGAGAAAAUAGCAGCACAUUGAAAGUAACGAUGUUAAAAGACAAAGUAGAUGAAGUGCUCGACAAGGACGGAAAGGCAGAAAUGGAAAAAAUUCAGGAUCAAGCUGUGAAGGACAUAUGUAAACCAUGUACCGAGAGUGGCACCUUAUGUACACAACUUAAAUGUGUAGCAGGAAAAUGGGGAGAAAGGAAUAAAGGAACCAUAAAUGGAACACCAGCAUCUUGGGAUGACAUGCAGAGAGACUUUGAAACAGAGUUAAAAGCACUCCUGGAAGACAUGCAAGACAUAACAGAGCAGGCCACCGCUGCCACGUAUUGCAACGGCAGCGGCGCCGGCUGGGAGGACGGCGCUGCAAAAGAAGCUAAUCAAGCUGCUUGUAAGCUCGUUGCAGCAGGGCUGCAACAUAUAUCCAAAAUUCAGCAUGAAUAUAGCACGGAGACGGGGCAACCUGAAAAGAAUAAAAACCCCUAUGAUAAACAAGAGUUUAAACAAUUCGCUUCCUGUUUAAUGUUAAAGGCCAUCGUUCAAAGAAUGAAAGAAGACAGCAAAAUUUGCGACAUACAACCAGGCAUAACAAAAGCUUUUAGCGUAGCAGAGACAAUUAAAAACGAACAUUGCAAGAAUGAUAAACCCUGCAUUGUUUGUCAAUGGACCGACGAAGACUAUAACAAACUUGACAGUUGCACCAUUGCCGCUGACAGUGUCAAGGUUAAAGAAAAAUUGAAUGAAAUACUCGAAGACGAAAAGACCGAAGUCGAUUCCACCCUCAAGGAAGUACUUAAAACAGACCAACCCGAGGGGGUACCCCUCUGUAAUCGUCUCCAAUGUUUAGCAUCUCGAGUAAACUUAUCUGCUAGUAAGGACACAUUUUGGACGACAGAUGUGAAGAAAUUGUGGGAUGAAUUGGCGCUAGCAAUGACGAAGGCAAAUGGCACAAGCAUAAACGGAGGAUGUAAUAAGAUGGAUGAUGAUAGAGAUCCCACCACCCCUGAAAGGAAGGCAUGCCAAUAUCUUACAUUAGGUUUCAACCAACUAAAAACUAUUUCGGCGACUUUGCCCAAGAAUGGAAACAACAUCUUGGAUAAGCACCCAUCGUUGAGACAAACAGUGGGUUGUAUCCUUCUUAAGGAGUAUGCAAAAAAAAUGAAGGGUCAAUCGAAAUGUCUUAUCGAAUCAGGAAUAAAAAAAGCUUUUGGCUCAUGGGGUCAAAUUCCUAAUGGACCAUGCACGGCCAGUAGUGGUCCGUGCAUUGAAUGUAAAUGGGAAGACAAAUUGGACACUUGCACAAUUACCACAAAUGUCAUCCACGAGAAUAUAACCGGUAAAUUAAAAACAGUAGAGUCUAAAAUGGAGAAGGAAGCAACUACCACCAUGGAGGAAGUAAACAGAACAGAGUCUUUAUGUCAACAACUCAAAUGUGCCGCACCCAAGUGGUUCCAAAGCAAAGCAGGGAAUAGUCGUACGAAAAAGCAGACUUGGUGUGACUUCUGGAAGGAGGGCGUCAGAGACGGACUCCAGAAGAUGUUCCAACAAAUAGAUCAGAAUGGAAAGGACAAAAAUAAUACUACAUGCCAACAGUUCGGUGAUGGUAAUGAUGAUAGUGUUGAAAGAAAAGCAUGUAACCAUAUCACAGCAGGUUUAGACUACAUUAAAAACAUUUCUAGUGGUAGUGGUGGUAGUGGCAACCCACUGCUCGAUCGAGCAGUGGGUUGUAUUGCACUUAACAUGUACGCUGAUCAAAUAAUUAACGCUUCGAAAGAGAAAUGUCCCAUUGGUGAGGACAAAAUAAAACAAAUGUUUCAUGAUUGGCAUGAAAAAACUAAAUAUUCUUGUCAGAAUAGUGCUAAUAACCAUGGUUGUUUUGAAUGUAAAAGGGUACCAAACUCAGAAUUUAAGGAUUGCGAACUAAGUGUUGACAGCACUUUGAUUAAUACAACACAAAACGGAAAUUGCAGUUCUAACGACAACAAAAAAGAAGUCCAAACUCAAAUGGACGUUCUCCUCAACGAAGACAAAUCCACCCCCAACUCCAUUAACACCACCAUGAAACAAACUUUAGACGAAAUCACUGACAUGAAAUCUUCUUUCUGUACUCAACUCCAAUGCGCAGCAAAGAAAUGGGGAAAGAUUAAUAGUAAAAAAACAAGCCAAAAUGGAACAGUGACUUGGUAUGACAUGAAGACUGAAAUCGAGACGGAAUUAAAAGAACUUCUAGGAUAUAUGACGCAGUCUAAAAAUCAGACGAAGGUUGCCAAAUACUGCAACGAAAACAACAACAAUUGGAAUACUUUAGGCACUAAAGAAAGGCAAACAAAUAAAGCAGCUUGUUUGCUUUUUGCUUCAGGAUUAAAGCACAUUUAUAACCAAAAGAAGGGCCAGUUUAAUGGCCCAUCCUUUGGACAAACGAUGGGUUGUUUAUUUCUUAAAGAAUAUGCAAAACAAUUAAAAGACUUGGCAAACGAGAAGAAAAAAGGAUAUAGUUGGGUACAUCCUCUUUGUGACAUAGAUAAGGGCAUAAAACAUGCUUUUGGUAAAAGUGGUGACAUUAUGGAAGAAACAUCUAAAUGCAAAAAGAGUGGUAGUACUAAUGAUUGUUUUGUGUGCACACAAAACCAAGGUUAUGAUGAUUGCAAAAUUGGCAUUGACAGUGUAAAGACCAACGUGGAAACAAUCUUCCAAGACAAACAGAAGAAAGACCAUAUGCAACAAACAUUAGAGAAUACAGUCUGUCCCAUCCUUCUUACGGAUCUCCUUACCCCUUUUGUUCCUUUGGCUCCUGUCUCCAUUGGCCUUUCUGCUAUGGCUUAUUACCUUUGGAAGUAUUUUGGUCCUCUUGGUAAAGGAGGACCACGUUUCAGAAGAUCUCCUGCUGAAAUUCCUGGUUCAUCAGUACAGGAACAAGUCCUCGAUCAUGUGCAGCAAGAUAGUUCACAUGAAUAUCGAUUGGUGAAGGAACGAAAACCUCGUUCUGCUCCAAAGAGAAUGAAACGUUCUAGUCGCGUCAAUCGUCGCACGAUUAUUGAAAUUCAUUUUGAAGUGUUGGAUGAAUGUCAAAAAGGGGACACACAAUUGAACCAGAAGCAUUUUAUGGAACUUUUAGUUCGUGAGUUCAUGGGAUCCGAAUUAAUGGAAGAAGAACAGGUUUCUAAGGAAGAGGUUCUUAUGGAAGAUGUUCCUAUGGAAAGUAUUCCUUCGGAGCAGGUUCCAAUGGAACGUGUUCCAAAUUUGGGUUCCGGGUUUAUGGUUUAA